AAAAAUAUUUUAUUAUUUCUGUGUUUCGUCUAUCCAUACUUCUUCUAUUUUAACUAAUACAAAUUUAGAAAUAAAAAUAUCCAAAACUACUCAAAAAUGAGUCAAGAGAAGCUCUCUAGUAACAAACUUGAUAUCGAAGGUGCACAACAACGCUCGAGCGCUGACGAAAAAUUAAAAGAAACUUACAAGCCCAUUUCUGAAGAUUUUGGGUCAGAUCUAACCACAGGAGACGCAGUAAAAAAUUCAAACAUGGCCCGAGAAAACGGAGAUCCCGUCAAGGAUGGAGCUGACGAAAAAAUGUUGGAAGGAAGCGAAAAGGAAAAUCUUGCAUUGAAGAAUGUCGAAGUGAAAUUCAUUUCCGGAGAUUCCAAUCCGAAUGGUGACGCAAAAAUUGACAUCGGAAAUAUUGAAAAGGCUUUUACUGGUAUGACGAAAGAAGAGUUGAUGAAAUAUGCAAACGAUCCAUUCUGGGUUAGAUUGCGUUGGAUUUUAUUCAUCUUUUUCUGGGCUUUGUGGAUUGCAAUGCUUGCUGGUGCGAUUUCAAUCAUCGUAUUUGCUCCAAAAUGUGCUGCGCCCACGCCGUUAGUCUGGUGGAAGAAAGGUCCUUUAAUAACAAUUGAUGGAAGUGAAACUGAAGAUGUCAUCAAGGAAAUUAAGAAUUAUAAUGCCAAGGGAGUUGUCUAUGAAUUGUCUGGUGAUGAAACUUACUUCGUUGAUACUCCUUUGGUCGAGUCAAAGAUCAAGAAAUUGGUGGAAACUUACAAAGCAAACGAUAUUCACGUUGUUUUGGAUUUGACUGCCAAUUACGUCACAAAAGAAGACAAGUUGUUUAAGGAAGCGACUGAAGCAGUUGUUACACCAGAAGUUCUCUCUGCGUUUGUCACAGCAAACACUGCCGAUUUACCUAAUAAUUGGAAGAAAGUCCACGGAACUGAACCAGCAUGGAAAAAAGAAGGAAAGCUUUACUUCCUCAGUCAAUUUGAAGACAAUUAUGAUCUUCAAAUGACAAGUCCAGUCGCGCAAAAGAAGUUGAGUGAUGUAUUGACACAUCUUGUAGCGUUAGGCGUGAAAGGUUUCCGUUUGCUGAAUGCACAACAUUUCAUUAUCAAUCCGGAGUUGAGGGAUGAAAUUCCUGAUCGAAAUCAUAAUCAUGGCAUGAACGAAUAUGGUUUCUUCACACAUGGUCAGACGAUUUAUCAAGAUGAUCUUGGAAAAGUUAUCAGGAACUUUACAAGAGUAGUUCAUAAUGUCACCGACAACGCAGGAUUUUUGACCAUUCGAGAUGAUUCUGCGGUUCGAGCUGAAGUCUUUGUUGACAGCAAAUUGAAACAUUUUACUUUUGAUCUUCCGUAUUUUAAGUUCCUUGAAACUUUCUUGAAAUCAUCAAAACAAACCGUUCCUAAACAGAUUUAUAAUGGAUUUGCAAAUCUUAAUGGCACUGUUGAUGAUGAAAGCUUGUGGAUUCAACUUUCAUACAAACCAGAAAACUUCAAGGGAGCUCUCGAUGCUUCAGGUUACAACAUCUUUAUGGGAUUCUUACGUGGUGUUCAAAUCACCAGCAUCAAUGCUUUGAACUAUAAUGGAAGCAAGAGUGAAAGCAUGAAGAAACUUGAAGAAGCACGCGAAUCUCAAGUCUUCCAACAUGGAAAGUUCGAAUACUUCUUGAGUCACAACGAGACUGCUUUUGGUUACACGAGAACAAAGUCUGGUAUGCCUGGCUACUUCAUUGCUAUGAACCCAACUGAUGAAGAUAUCAAAGCCAACUUCACUUUCGGAGGAACUGCAUUGGAAUUGUCUGUUUUGAUGUUGAGUGAUGGCUUCAAUGAUAAUCCAUUGAAGAGCAAAAUCAUCAGCAAUGAAAUUCCACUCACCAAACAUUCAGUGGCAGUUUUCACUUUUGUUCCACAGUAAAAUGAUCUGAAAUUAAUCUCAAUCAAAUCUGCAUGCUUAUAAUCAAUAAAUUACUCAACGAUGAUGAUAUUCGAUCAAAGAAAUAAAAUUUGAUGACAAUAUGUGUAGCCUCUUUGUGAAAAUUUGGACGAAUCUUUGUUCAUUUUUUCUAUUUAAUGUUCAAUCAAAAUAUUCCAAUAAAAGUUUUAAUGUAGCAUCAGAA